ACAUCACUUAUUUUCUUUAUAAUUUAAAAAUAUUUAAUAACAUUGAUCAUAUAUUUCAUUUAUUUUAGUUUCAUGAUCGGUAUAAUUCAUGUUAUAAAAAGUUACAGAGUUUCGAGAUGCCAUAGCGUAUUAAUUGAGUGAGCUGUUGAGUCGUACACUUGUGCGGCUCGUGAGUUGGGAUACGAACUGUUCCCUAUAUUUUUUGCUGACGAAACGUUAUAAUUGGAAAAUGACAGGCUUUACAGAAAGUGCACUUGUGAAAAGAUUAAUGGACUUAAAUCCUUCUCAACAAAGUAUUCAAACACUUUCUCUUUGGUUAAUUCAUCACAGAAAACAUCAUCCGACCAUCGUGAAAGUCUGGUUUAAAGAGAUGUGUAAAGUAAAGGAUAAUCGUAAACUAAUGUUCAUGUAUCUGGCAAAUGAUGUUAUUCAAAACAGUAAAAAGAAAGGGCCUGAAUUUGGAAAAGAAUUUGAAACAGUGUUACCAAAAGCUUUUGAACAUAUGAAAGGAUUUGAUGAAAAGACAAGAGAAAGAUUAAAUAGGCUUCUUCAGAUUUGGGAAGAAAGAGGAGUUUAUGAUAAGGCACAAAUUUCAGAAUUUAAAGCUGCUUUUACAGAUACAUCAAAAGAUUCAGCAACACCACCUCCAAAAAAGAAACUUAAAAAUGACAUAGAGAAAGUAAAGAAGGAGAAAAAGGAGAGGAAAAAGUCAGAGACUGAAAUUGAAGUGGAUGGAACCAAAGAGCUACAUGUAACUUUAAGUCCUCGUACUCCUGCUGGAGAUCCACCAGAAACAGAGGAACUCAUCAAAGCCUUAAUGGAUUUGGAAAAUACAGCAUCCUCGGAUGCUGGCGUUAGAGAACGUAUCGCAUCUUUACCACCGGAAGUUUCUGAAGUUUCGCUUCUUGCAAACCUAGCUGAUCGAGCAGCUGCAGAUCAAUUGAGUGUUGCAGUAAAUGAAGCUGCUGCACUGUUAGCAGACUACAAUGGACGGUUGCAAGCAGAAAUGGAAGAUAGAAGAAGAUUAUUAACUAUGCUUAGAGAUUAUACUUUGGCACAAAGGCAAUUACUUCAACAGGCACAAUCAACUUUAGAAGAUUAUAAGGAGAAGCUUAAAAAAGUGUGUGCAGUCCGAUCUGAAGUAAAGUCACAUAUUUCCAAUUUGCCUGAUUUAACACAGUUACCCGAUGUCACGGGUGGUUUAGCACCUCUUCCUUCAGCUGGUGAUUUAUUUUCUAUGCACUAGCACGUGAGUUUAAAGAGCACGAUCAUUGAAUUAUUUUUGAGUUCCACGCAUAAAUGAAUACAACCAUGCUAUGUUAGCUUGGUGUUUGUGAUGAAAUAUAUAAUAACUUUCUACUUUUCAAUAUUUAAUAUAUUAAAUAUUGAUUAAACUCCUCGCAUGUAAUUACAAAUUAUGAAAGGAAAAAGUACUGAUAAGUGAUAAUAUUGUAAAAUCAUUUUACACAACACUUUAAUAACACGAAGAUACAAAUGAACCAAGUAAUUAUAUACAAUUCAAAAUUCUUGAAACUGUUGUGCCAGUAAUUUUCAGUGUUGUAUUUUUGUUGAAAAUUACUUAUUUGAGUAUGUUUUUUGUUUCUCCAAGUGAAAGUUAAUAAAGAACAUAUGUAAAUUCUGUUUUAUGAUUGGACUUCAAAACGAAAAUUUAUAGAAAUUUUUGUUUAAAAGUAAUAAUGUUCCUGUUUUGUCAUAUGCACAAUGCAUAAGGAACUUAAAACAUUGUACAAUUUCUUACAAUCUCAUUUUAUACUAAUAAACAAAUGUAUUUAAUCGACAAAUAAUUUUUGAAUACGUUACUCACAGAGUUUAUUAUAAAAAAAGUAAAACGUAUAAUACAUUCUAAUAAGUAUAUAAUAAUUUCAAAUAUUGAAUUACUUUAACUUAAUUGUUAUGAAGAAUUCCAGUAGAAGGAAAAAAAAUAUAUCUCAUAUACUAAAAAUGUUUAGUUAUCCGAUCUUUAUUUGCAAGCAGUGCUUAGAAUGUUGCACUUACAACAUUUGGUAAUCAUCCCUUGUAUAUAUAUAUAUUGUAGGUAAUAUAAUUCUUGGACUGAGAAACAUGUCUUAAAAUAUAACGUUACAGUUGAUUUUGAACAAAUACUGACGUGCGUAAAUAAAUAAUAUUGUAUAUGUAAUAUGGUACGAAGUAAAUAGCGUGAUUGUGCAUUGGCGAAAUUGUAAUAAUAUGCAAAAUAUUAAUACGAAUAAAUGUUUUGAUCGUUAUAA